CGCAGGCCGGGGGGCGCGCACGUAAGAGAGCCUGGCCCUCACGCGCGGCGGGAGGCUCUUCGGCGCGGAGGUGCGAGACCUAGCGAGGCGAUUGUCCAUUUUGGGCUACUUCUGAAAUCUUGAAGAAGCUCCAUAUCAAGGAAGAUCCAGCAGUCACUGUCAUCUAGAGAAUGGACCGUUUGGGUUCCUUUAGCAAUGAUCCAUCUGAUAAGCCCCCUUGCAGAGGCUGCUCCUCCUACCUCAUGGAACCUUACAUUAAGUGUGCUGAAUGUGGACCUCCUCCUUUCUUCCUGUGUUUGCAGUGUUUCACUCGAGGAUUUGAGUACAAGAAACAUCAGAGUGAUCAUACUUACGAAAUCAUGACCUCAGACUUUCCUGUUCUAGAUCCCAGCUGGACUGCUCAAGAAGAAAUGGCCCUUUUAGAAGCUGUAAUGGACUGUGGCUUUGGAAAUUGGCAGGAUGUAGCUAAUCAGAUGUGUACCAAAACCAAGGAGGAAUGUGAGAAGCACUACAUGAAGCAUUUCAUCAAUAACCCUCUGUUUGCAUCCACCUUGCUGAACCUGAAGCAAGCUGAGGCAGCCAGAACUGCUGACACAGCCAUUCCGUUUCACUCUGCAGAUGACCCUCCCCGGCCUGCCUUUGACUCUUUGCUGUCUCGGGACAUGGCAGGAUACAUGCCAGCUCGGGCAGAUUUCAUUGAGGAAUUUGACAAUUAUGCAGAAUGGGACUUAAGAGACAUUGAUUUUGUUGAAGACGACUCAGACAUCUUACAUGCUCUGAAGAUGGCUGUGGUGGAUAUCUAUCAUUCCAGGUUAAAAGAGAGGCAAAGACGAAAAAAGAUUAUAAGAGAUCAUGGAUUAGUCAAUCUUAGAAAGUUCCGAUUAAUGGAGCGGCGGUAUCCCAAGGAGGUCCAAGACCUUUAUGAAACAAUGAGGCGAUUUGCAAGGAUUGUGGGACCAGUGGAACAUGACAAGUUCAUUGAAAGCCAUGCAUUAGAAUUUGAACUCCGGAGGGAAAUCAAGAGACUCCAAGAAUAUAGGACAGCAGGCAUUACUAAUUUUUGUAGUGCCAGGACAUACGAUCACCUGAAGAAGACUAGAGAGGAGGAGCGCCUUAAACGUACCAUGCUCUCAGAAGUUCUCCAGUACAUCCAGGACAGCAGCGCAUGUCAGCAGUGGCUCCGCCGGCAGGCUGACAUUGAUUCUGGGCUGAGUCCUUCUGUUCUGAUGGCUUCAAACUCAGGAAGACGAUGUGCACCACCCUUGAACCUCACCGGCCUCCCUGGUACAGAGAAACUCAAUGAAAAAGAAAAGGAGCUCUGUCAGGUGGUGAGGCUGGUACCUGGAGCCUAUUUAGAGUAUAAGUCUGCUCUGUUGAAUGAGUGUAACAAGCAAGGAGGCUUGAGACUGGCACAGGCACGAGCACUCAUCAAGAUAGAUGUGAACAAAACCCGGAAAAUCUAUGACUUCCUCAUCCGAGAAGGAUACAUCACUAAAGCCUGAGUCUCGAAGUUUGGAACGUGGCGGGUCACAGGACAGUGUACACAUUCUGGAGACUUGUGUUUGAGUUGGAUUCUUAUUGUGAAAAGAAGGAAGACACAGGGACUCCAAGUGCGUCGAUUUCUUUCUUCUCUGCCCUGCUGUAAAGUGCUCCUGUUGUGGGAUAGUGAUGCAGAGUGUGUGCUUGCCAACUUAUUCUUAAACACGAGUGGGCAUUCAUUCCUAGCACCUCUUGCAACUCAAACAAGAACCAUAGUACCUCACAUCCUGGCUUUGGUGAAAGUAGAACCAAGCCACAGCAUUUCAUCCCAGGGGUCCAGUGCGGAUCCCUUGCACUUGAGAGCGGAGCUCGCUAACUCUGGCUUCCCAUCUUGCAGACAGAUUUUUGUUUUUUUUUUUUUUUUUUUUUUUUUUGGUUUUUCGAGACAGGGUUUCUCUGUGGUUUUGGAGCCUGUCCUGGAACUAGCUCUUGUAGACCAGGCUGGUCUCGAACUCACAGAGAUCCACCUGCCUCUGCCUCCCAAGUGCUGGGAUUAAAGGCGUGCGCCACCAUCGCCCGGCUUUGCAGACAGAUUUUAAAUGAAGAGGAGGGUUUUUAAAGCACAGGAAAGCCUUUUCUUUUUUAAGCUGACAUCUUAGUUUAUGAGCUGAAGAGGUGGAAAAUCUCCCCCAUGAUGGUCUGUCUCAGGCUGCAUUUUUAACUUUAAUGUCUGGCUUUGUACUUUGCAGUCUGGCUGUCUGAUCUGCAGUAGACUCUUGAGGAGGUGGCACCGGAUAUAAAAUGUCUCUGUUAUUUUUAGAAUUAAUGGAUUAAAAUGUUUUGCUAUUUAAUUUGUGGGUGUGUCAGAUAUUCUGGUAACUAAAA